GCAGAAUUUCCUGAAAUAAGUCAUUUUUUAAACCUACAUGACAGCUCUCUCGGCCGUCAUGUAAAUGCCGCGUCACGCAGAAGCUUAGAAAUUCAAGCGCACUCUGUCACAAAACCAAGAACCCUUUUGGAGCGAAAAUUUGUAUGAAAUUUAGUUUUCAGCUGCUCUAAUGCAUCGUGAAAGUAAAAUCUCGAUAGGAUCGAUAGUUUUUUAGUUUGAAUUUUAGUGACGUCAUGUGAAAACCAACAAUAGGUAUUCGCAGGACCUCGCGAAGGACUUCGGGGGAACGGCAAGUAAUGUAUCGGUCAAAUCGAAGCUUCAACAUCCCCCCCGGGCAUACCCUGGGCAUUUGACACCUUUGCCGUCCCGGGGAGGAGGGAAUUUGAUUAUCAGAGUCUUCCGGAGGGUGGGGAAUUUGAUCCCCAUGCGUUAGGGGUGGGAAUUUAAACUGUACCCUCGAUUUCAUGUGAAAUCUCUGGCGUGGCGAGCUGUCUUGGGGGAUUUUCGUGGAAAAGAUUGUGCCUUUGUGGCCAAUUGGUUACAAGAUUUGUGCCGUAUUUGAAGGUAUUUAAAUUGUAAUAUUAUUAAUAUUGGAUUCAGGCUUUGAAUAUAUUGAAUGUAUUAAGUUGUGUCAAGAGACUAUAAAGGGGACAGAGAGGGCAUCCCCCAUAUACACCCUGUUCCAUAGGUAAUUCGUCUCGAGUUAUUUUUAACACCAUAGAUCUCAAGGGGGAUCAGACAACAGCCAAUCACAUAGCGCGAAUAUGUCCGCGUGGAUGACCCACGCUGAGAGCCACGCGUCCUUCACGAAAUGACGCAGAACAAAAUGGGGGAAGACGCGGAGAGCGAUUUUGCUAUUCCUUUUGUCGACGAAAACGACUACAGCGAGAUUUCUGCGAAAGCUGUGUCAGCGAAACCGAAAUUAAAAAAGAAUCGCCCUUCCUCUCUUGUAUAGAGCUAACAGUAGAGCAGGGAAAUCCUUAACACACUGAAUAUUCUCUCAGGAUCAUUUAUAAUUUACAGUUUGAAGAGAGCAAUUUCUGGUUUGAUGUUUAUUUUUUUCAGUCUUUAUAGCGAUUAUUCCUACCCACUUACUUUGUCAAUUGUAGGCGAACCCUCCUAAAGCUGAAUUUCAAGGGACCAUAUUCAAGCUCAGAAAGAGAAAUAAAAUUUCGUCGUUGCUUAUUUACGUCCUCCAUAAAACGCGAAAUUAGGCAUUUUCACGUCGUAGUCGUGCAAAAACGGGAAAGAAAUGAACAAAAAAGUGUGUUGCACGUGCGAAGUUGUUGUUUUGCUAAUUAAACCUAUUGUUUUUUUGACGUUCUAGUUGUCGUCCGCGUCGUUGGAUCUUAAACUCCCUAAAUUGUACAAACGACCGGUUUCAAUAGACCGGCGAAAUUUCUCAUUUUAUUAAAGCACUGAGGUUACGACAACUUCGAGUUAAACUGAUUUCACGGGUUGUCAAAGAGUCCAGCGAUUCCUUUUUCCCAGGUGAGCGCCGACUCAUUUCGCUUCAAUAUUCAGGAAUGCUCUCGAUCUUUUUACGCUUUCAUUGCCUCUCGCCCGACAUGUUUUGCACGGCGUUUGGUCAUGCGAAACCUCCACGAAACAUCCACGCCUCGCGCGAGGUAACUUUAUCCCGAUUCUAAAAAUAACUCGAGACGAAUUACCUAUGGAAUAGGGUGUAUAUGGGGGAUGCCCUCUCUGUCCCCUUUAUAGUCUCUUGGUUGUGUUUAUAAUGAAUUACAAUACCUAUACCGGCGAUUCAAUAAAACAAUAAAAAGCUCCAACAGAGGUCAAUUACUUUGACCUGCCGCAUGUAUGUUAAUUAAUAAGCUGAGCGAUGAUUCAUGUCAGUGAAUUUGUCAUGAUGUAGUAAUCUCAGUAGGUUGGAUUUUUUUUAAAGAACGCUUUGUUUGUUUCAUGACGCACGAAGAAACUCUGAGCGUUCAGUGACCUUGUAGCAGCGAUUUCCGCCGCUUUGCACGAGACUUUUGUUCGUAGUAAAUACGCUAACCGUGCUCCUCAGUUUUUGUUAUAUAUUGAAUGCGAAUUAUUUGCUGUAUCUAUGAAGAUUUUGUUCGACAAUUGAAGGCUUUUCCGCCGUCCUUCUGUCAUUUAUGUGCCUGUGAAAUGUCCCCGGGGUGGGGGCAUUUGCUCACCUGAAUGGACCCUAGUGUGGGGCAUUUGAACGGCAUUUUGGCCCGGGUAGGGGGGGAAUUUGAACAAUAAUUUUCAAAAAAGUCAAAUGCCAGAGGGGUGGCCCUGGGGGAUGUUGAAGCUUCGACUUCGAUACAUAAAGCCGAGAAGAAAAUUUGUAAGUCUAAAAAUUGUAAGCUACAAAUAGAAACAUAACAAAACCCUUAUAUCUAAAAUGAUAACUAAACGAAAAGAAAAAGAAAAAAAAAAGAAGAAAAGAAAAGAACAGAAGCGAAAAGAAAAAAGGUUUACGCGCGGAAUCGAACUCAGGACCCUCGACACACCGGGCUAAAGCUUUACCACUAGGCCACGUAGAACACAGGAAAGAAGUCCUGUUGAAAUUUUAUUAUUAAAACCUUCAGGCUUUAUUAAACGUGACUUCAAAGAUAUUUUUCAGAAGAAUGACUGCAGGAUCCUGCAGUUUGGACAGUGAAAACCCAACGUAAAUGCAUUUCAUCGCAUUUACAUGUAAAGAAUGGAAGCCCAACAGUCAAGGCCGAUACGGUAUAUACUCGUCUGCGAACAAAACGCGUUUUGUUACCGCGAUGUUCGCUCAUAUGUUAACGCUAAUUAUCCAAAAUCGCUUCCAUUUGCUCUUAAAGUACUUUAGCAUUGGAAAUUCAUUGAGUGAUGUUCCCUCUGCUCCGCUAUUUGUUGCUGCCGUCUCCAUCUUUGUUACUUGCGCCGUUUAAUUUCAAGUCGGCGUUCUCGCUCCAAAGAAUUUUUUGGUGUCAAAUCUUCCCCUGCGAGGAUUGACAAUUCGGCGUUCUUGUGUUUGCUGUUCUGUUUGCGUGAGAAAUGGCUUGAGAUUCACCGAUAGUAAACAUUGUUUUGCAAACGAUGAAAAGACAACUCUUCGUGAGAACUCGAAAAUCGCGUUCAGUAAAAUGUUGCCUAGAAACAAAAAUGCGCCGUGACCUUUAGAUUCUAAGACGAGAACGACUACGAAUACGAGAUUUUCUCAAUAGUAAGUAUUGCUCGCGCGUGGGGCAGCGUCAUUUUGGCGGGAAAACAUGGUAGCCGUCGUCACUCUACUACGAGUUUUAGCGAGAGUGUCGUAGUGGCGGAAACAACUUAUCAAAUGUUAGAAGUUUUAGCAUUUUGCAAUCUGGAGAGGGCUCAACCUCCUUCAAUAACGAUAACAGUGCUAAAUUUUCUGGUAAAAAAAGGUACAAUUAAGAAUUCCGGGGUGUCUAUUUUUUGACAAUACACGAAAAAAACUUUAAAUCAAAUCUCGUACUCGUAGUCGUUCUUGCCCUCGAAUCUAAAGGUCUCUAUUAAUAGUCUUGAGGUAUUUUCUCUGCCAUUCACAGUGUUUGAACCUUGUGGAGCUGUAUUUAUCAUGAAUUCAAAGAUACAUUUGAGGAAAAAUAGCUUAAACGAGUAUUUCAAAACCAUUUCGCAUAAUUUCCGAGUUUAUUCACUCUCGGGCUUCUGCUCUCGCUGAAGUUCAGGUUACCGUCAUCGGUGUUAAACCUUCCACGGCGAGGAUUUCCAGCCACUUCUCCAACGGGGCACUGUUGUGUUUGCAGCCCGCUGUUAUUUGCCUCAGAAAUACUUUGCGAUUCGCCGACGUACAGUAAACACAGGGUGAAUAAAAUGAGCCCAAGUCGCUGGCCGUGUUGCCUGGAAACCCAAAAUGUACGAUGACGGCAUGUUGAAUCGCGUCUUUGGGAUUUGUUUAUGGUUUGUUGCUAGGCAACUUCGGAUACCAAACCGAUAGAACGAUUUAUGACCAAAGCGAAAUCGCAGUUCGCUUGCGAUCCUCGCGUGAUCCGCGCUGCCCGUGCGACAGAGUUAUAAACUCGUUUCGCUCGCGGCCUAACGGCUGCUCGCUCUGCGAGAACAAGUUAAGAUGAGAGCCAGUUUGCAGCUCGCUAGGACCCACGCACGGUUCACACACUGCGUGCGCGCUUCGCGCGCGACGAGAUUUUAAACUCAGUUCGCUCGGCGCUUCGCGAAGAAUAAUUUAAAGUAGUAAAUAAGAGACGAAAGAAAACAGUAGGUAGGAUGUAGGACUUGAACCUGCGUCAUUUGAUGUAUAAUCCAUAUCCGUUUCCACUACACCAUCAGGGGCCAACUGCCGACAGCGGUUAAUUUUAACGUACUUUACAUGGCAUUGAUCAUUACAUUAUUGCAAGCUCACCGUUUUUAAAACAGUGCUUAACCCUAACCACCGUACUUCGGUGCUAAACCCUGUAGUCAACUCUUUUCCUCGCACAAUUGUCUCUUAGUCUGAUUUCCCCACUUUUCUCAAAACUGCCCAAUAAAUCCGCAUAAAUAUAGUAUGGCGUGGUAUAGAGUAUAGCGUUAUGUAAUAAAAAUAAAUUGUCCGACCUGAUUUUAAGGUAUCCAUUCUGGUCACAACCGUAGUUUUAGUGUUUUGGGGAUACCAAUAUGGCGGAUGUGACGUCAUCUCUCUUUAUAUCUAUCUAUCUCUCUCAGGAAAAACCUUUUGAAAACGGAUGAAUAUGACUAUUGGAGUGCCAACAGGAAUUGUCGUUUAUGUCUUUGUUUUCAGGAGCCCUAUUCGAGUUCAACCAAACAAAAAUCACGGUGGACGAGGGUCUAGGUUUUGAUGCAGAACUGGAUUUGGUCAUCAUUAAAUAUGGAGAUAUCGACCUUGGUGCUGAAAUCAGGUGAAAAAAAAUAAUGAUUGAACAGUUAUCCUUGUGGUAGCCCGCGUCGCAGACGUAAUUUAACCCCGGUUAGUAACGUUCGAGAAGCAAAAUCCUUGUUGGGGGCCCCCAAGGUUUGCGUUUGCGUUUGCGUUUGCGUUUGCGUUUCGAAUUUCCUUUCAACCUGAUUGACAAAUCAACAAUGACUUUUUUAACAGGCCAAUCACAGUGUGUACUCAAAUCCUGGUACACAGCCUAGAACAAGGAGUUCUCCGCUGUGCGCAGGCUAACCUUGUGGAAGUUUCCUAUACGUUAUCUCGUGGUUGAAUUUUAGAAAUCACCAUCCCACAAACCAGAACACGGCAAGUUACCGGGCCACUUUUUGCUGAAACCUUAUCAAUAAUAUUUACAGCCUGGAUUAUUUAUAUGCAUACAGUGUUCAUGGGCGGAUUUAGAGGUUUUCCGAGAGGACCACGGCCACCCCUUUUUCUAUGAUGUUUUUUUAUUAUUUUUAAAGAAUUCUCAGUAAAAUAAAUAGUAUCUAUGUUGCUGAAAAGAGUACUAGCCGCCCCUUUCUGGAUUUUCUGGAUCCGCCCCUGGUGUUAACAUCAUCAUCAUUGCCAUCACCAUAAUCAUCAUAUACAUUUCCCAACUCAAAGUAAUGAUAGCUGCAACCAGUUGCAAAAACGCUAAGACAAUCCGACGAAAAACAGACCUUUCUUACCUCAAAUCGCUCUCCUCCCUUCUCCCCUCCACUCAAAGAUGUUCCUCCAAGUUUUGUGCAUGGGCAGGCCAGUUAAGCCAAGGUCACUGUCUUAAGUAUUUCUGCAAGUGGCUGUGGAAACAUUUUGAUGUCAAAUUUGAUGCUGAUUACCCUUAGGGCUUAAAGGGUUAAAGCGUUGUUUAUUUUGGGAAAUUUAUGUGAAGAUUAACUUUUCCUUCAUCUGAAAUAAUCAAGUCAUAUAGGGCUACAAAAGUUUCUUACGACCCCACUUUCUAGUAAUGACAGUUAAAAUCUUGAGUUCCCCAUGAAGGGUAGCAAAGGUCAAAAAAUAAAUCCUAGUUUAUGUACUUAUUUUGUAAAUAUGGAUUCUUUUUUGCAUUUAGGAUUAGCUUGGAGAAUAUAAACGCCACUGAUGAAGACCAUAGGUUACGUCCGUUAUUCCCAGGGAUCGAUGAUUUUCCACCCGGUUUUAACCAGUUAAUUGUUACCUAUUUGUACUGGUUGAUUGAUGAUUUAGUCCAUGAAGGUGAUGAAGCAUUUAAGCUGCAGUUAUCUCUUGUGGAUCCACCAUCACAACCCAACGUUGUUAUUGGAAAACAGGACACUUUAGUUGUCGUAAUCAAAGACAAUGAUCCAGUAACAUAG